AUGAAACGGUCGAAAUCAUUUUUUAUCGCGGGGAUAUUGUGUCUCGUGGCAGUUUUAUUAAUAAUACCAGUAGAAUCUUUCAAAACAUUUGUACAUGAAGAAUUAACAUCAUAUCCUUCGCCACCUCGAGUAUGGAAUAGUAUAGUGUAUGAAGACGGAACCGCAGUUUUUCGUAUAAUUCGAAGAGAUACCAGCAUCAACAUACCCAAUAAAACUUGCUUAAUACAAAAAUUAAUGUUGCGUAUCCUUUAUCCUAAUGGCACUUUAACCGAAUUGGACGUGGAAUUAAACAUUCCUUCUUUUAAUUUUUGUAUUGUCGCCGCAGUUCCAGACAAUUUUGAUCCAAUAAGUAUCAGUGCAUUAAAACCUGGUUAUUUGCUACUACAAUAUUAUAACGCAACCGAUGAGUUAAAACCCGAAACUUGGGAAGAAUGGGGAAUGAUCAUUGAUUGGCAAGGACAAACCUAUGAGCCAUCGUUUUUGGGAUUAUCUUUUAUAGAUGCAAAAACCAGAGUUGUGGUUCCAGGUUUAAGCGCUUGUGAUAUCGCGUUUGUCGGUGUCGGUCACGUAUGCACAUUAACCGUACAACAAAAUCUUGGUGACGCAACCAACCCAACAAAGUCUGAUUUAUAUUAUUUAAAAAUUACUUUCCUGUCCUCCGGAUCUGUCACAAGCUUUACAUCAAUAUCUCGUGUAUUACCGAACAAUAUAAAUGUAAAAGUAACGGAGUGGGUAGUAAAUUCUUUACCGUAUGGGGGGUAUAUUUUAACUUCCCAUUUACCAAUUAAACCAACUGGUCUGGUCAUGUAUGCUUAUGUCUUUGAUGAAUAUGAUACGAAUGGAAUCCCUUGGGAAUUAGUUGAACCCUCUCCCACUAAUGUCGCAGGAGCUUUCAAUAUUUUAUAUAAUAAUACUUUAUUCGUUGCUCAAAAAGAAGAAAAGGAUACUUGGUCCUUAAUUUUCACCGACCUUCCAAGAUUUAUUGGAGACAAAGAUCACGGUUAUUCUAACGUACAUAUUGAUGCUACGCCCAGCGAAGUUAAGUUUGCAGGUUCCACAUCAGGAGUAUUACGUUUGACGGUCGAGGGGUCAACUCAUUUUGAACAACUUGAUUCGGAAGGACAAAGCCAAUUCUUUAAUAAUCUAGUGAAUGAAAUCUCCACAAUGUUAACAAUACCUUCUUCACGUUUGAAAUCCAACGGUCGAUUCCAAGUAGAUUUCACUAUUUCACCCGAAAGACAAUAUUUAGUAUCGUUGGACAUUAUUCAAACAAAAGAUAAAAAUGAAAAGAGCGUUGAAUCAAUUAUUAAAGAUUUAGAUACAAUGAUCGUAAAUAAAGAAGUAUCACCAAUUUCAUUGGGCCAAACAACUCAAUAUUUGGAUGCUAUUUAUGGGUUACCAACAUCGCAACUUGAAUUGAAAGGGAAAGAUGAAGGUUUUGGUGGGCUUGACCCAAUUCCCAAACCUGUAGGUAAAAUCAAUGACGUUAACGAGGAGCAUAAAAUCGACAUAAAAGAUGAUCAAUUAAAUGUUAAAGCGACAAAAAAUGUUGAGAAAAAGAAUUCAAAAUCUAGUUUUCAAGAAAUGAUAAAUUAA